AUGCCUACACUGCCCCCUAAGCUAUCCUUAACAGUUAGUACAUCCAAGGCUAUGACAGUUUCUCAGCAAGCAAAAAAAAUGGUUUCCAAAUCGAGCUCUUCCUCCAAACUCAAUUCAUCAAAGGAUAAAAUGCAGAUGCACAGGAGAUCACGUACAGGCUGCUACACAUGCCGGCUUCGCAGAAAAAAGUGCGAUGAGGGAUUAUCUGCAUGCUCAGCAUGUAAACAUCUUGGACUGCGGUGUGAAUAUAAGCGACCUAUGUGGUGGAGUAAUAAUGAACAGCGGCGCUCGCAAAAGGAAAAUAUCAAGGUGAUUAUUAAGCGCAAAAAGCUCUCGGAGAAGAGUAUGACAUCCAGUAGCAAAAGUCUGAAUUUUCAGGGUCAAAUUGCUUCGGAGUAUUCGAGUUCAUGGGCCGCAUUGGCCAAUUACCCGGCUCAAUUUGAUCGAAGCCGAUCAACAUCAAUUGACUCACAAAUGUCAUUUAACAAUUAUGAUACAUGUACUUCUAGCUCCACAGCCUUCAAAACACAGGAUAGCUCAAACAACCCUCAAUAUCCAACAAUUGUGUCAGACUGUUUGCCCUGUGAGAUGAAUUUUGAAGCUGGAAACGAAAAUUUUCUCAACGACUACGCGCAUUAUCCUCCGACAGACACUUCAAAACUCGUCAGUUACGAAUCGGACUUGCUGUCGCAUUCGAUGUAUUUGGUGUCGGGGAAAGCAAUGUGGGACCAUGAUGCUCUCGAGGAAUGUCAUGACUCUGGAUGUGACGACACAAAUUUACAAGGUCAACUCAACAGUUGCUACGACCAUGGUUCUUCGCCACUCACUUUUGUCCCAGUUAAUUUGCUCGAUGAUGAUCAACACCUUCUUGAUUACUUUGUUUCGGACGUGCUGCCCACCAUAUUCCCGAUCCCGGAGGCUUACCCGCAUAGAUCAGCACACAUGCAUCACGUGAUAUUGGCCCUGCAAAGCAAUAGUUGUUAUGUACAUUGUUGCCUCAGCAUAGCUGCGCAACACUACAAGGCGGCGAUGAAGAUUCACGACGAACAGAUUGAUAGCGAAAUUAUACGUCAUCGAUACGCAACCAUCUCGAAACUCUGUGAGGCCCUCAGCCAUGAUACUGAUCACGCCGAGAUCUUGGAGGCUACACUGGGCAUGAUUGUCUUCCAGGGCUCCGUCGGUCAUCUUGAUGAUUCCUUGCCUGAUAUUCCCUGGGACGAGCAUUUUCGAGCCGUCGUCUCACUCGUACAAAAACUUGGCCUAUAUCAGCUAAUUAGACAGUCACCUGACCCAUAUGUGGUUCCGUUUAGCAUGACCUUGACGGCAUGGGUCGACAUCCUAGGUGCCACGAUGAAGGGCCAGGCACCUAUUUUUUCUGAGCUGUAUCGAGAAAACUUAUUCAAAUCACCAGCCAAUGCUUCUCUCGGUCUGUCCUCGGUGAUGGGCUGCGAUGACCGCGUGCUCUAUCUCAUCUCUGAGAUCAGCUGCCUCGAGGGUCUAAAGCGCGAGGAAAGCAUUGACAACCUUACCCUCUGCCAAAAGGUGCAACUGAUCGGUGAUCAGAUUAGCUGGACUGAGUAUGGAGGUCCUGAUCUGGCUAUGUCUUUGGAUAUACAAGAGGCAUCGCGGCCUCAGCAGCUCUCUAAAAAUCUAACAGCCGCAUUCCGUUUGGCCGCUCGAGUCUAUCUUUGCAGCCUUGUGCCCGGCUUCUCACCCCAUCAAGCCAGCUGUGUCGGCCUCAUCGAAAAAUUGACGCGGAUCCUCAAAUAUAUUCCAUCGGGUCCCCAGGGUCUAGAUCGCUCUCUAGUCUGGGUAUAUCUCAUAUGCGGGGCUCAUAGUAUCGCCGGCUCAGCUUUCCGCGAUGCAUUUGCGAUACGUCUACGAUCUCUCGGCGAUCUAGCUGGUCUGGGAUCUCUUUAUAGGACAGCCUGCUUACUCCGAGAAGUAUGGAAGCUUGCCGACCAGUAUCCCGAAUCCGAAGUCGGCACAGCAUGUCCAGUUUCUUGGCGAGACGUGAUGGGGAGGCAAGGCUGGGAUUUUCUGAUCAUAUAG